AUGAGCGAAGGAGCAGAGGAGGAAGGAGCGAAGGUGCUGCAGAACAGAGGAGCAGGUAGCAAGGAGCGAAGGAGUGAAGGAGAAGAGGAGGCGAAGGAGCGAGGAGCAGAGGAGAAGGAGCGAAGAUUCCUGAUUUUGCCAUUGCCAGACUUUGCUGACCUGAGGAGGUGGAGCAGCAGAGGAGAUGAGGAGCAGAGGAGCGCCCUCUUCCCAUUCCGCCCUGAGCUGAGGAGCAGGAUGGUGGAUAAACCUUCCCUACCAAGGACGGCCGGUCGAGGCAGAGCAGCAGAGGAGAAGGAGCAGCAGAGGAGAAGAAGCAGCAGAGGAGACAAAGGAGCGACGGACCAGAGGAGCAAAGUAGUGAAGGAGCGGAGGAACGAAGGAGCGGAGGAGCAAAGGAGUGGAGGAGGGAAGGAGCAAGGAUCGAAGAAGCAGAGGAGCGAUAGAGCACAGUGGUGGAUGCAUCUUCACUGCACCGCCAACGAUGGUCGGUUGAGGCAGAGCAGCAGAGGAGAAGGAGCAGCAGAGGAGAAGGAGCAGAGGAGAAGCAGACGGAGUAUAGGCGUAAUGCAGAUGGAGCAGAGGCGCAAAGCAGAUGGAGCAGAGUCACAAAGCAGGUGGAGCAGAGGCGCAAAGCAGGUGGAGCAGAGGCGCAAAGCAGGUGGAUCAGAGGCGCAAAGCAGAUGGAGCAGAGGCGCAAAGCAGAUGGAGCAGAGGCGCAAAGCAGAUGGAGCAGAGGCGCAAAGCAGAUGGAGCAGAGGUGCAAAGCAGAUGGAGCAGAGGCGCAAAGCAGAUGGAGCAGAGGCGCAAAGCAGAUGGAGCAGAGGCACAAAGGAGAUGGAUCGGAGGCGGAAAUGA